AUGGCUGUGAAAGAUGGACUAUUUUACUUGAUACCUCUCUUCGUAAGCUCUAUGGCUAUUUCGUCACACCACGCUUUAUUCUACCAAAAACCUCUACAUUCUUCUAACGUGACUAUUUAUUCGCGGACAAAUCCAGGAAAUGUAUCAGCCAGAUUAGCAUUCAUAGUCCAGCAGACUGCAUCAUCGCAAACUACAGUGCGAGAUGGAAAAAACUUUGGAUCAACAAAAACUCCAUUUUUGGAAGACUCCAAGUAUUCAAAAACACAAGCACCAACAGAGAAGAAAUUCUUAAGUUCAGUGAGCCCAAAAAGAAGACUGUAUCAUUCACAUCCCACAAGUAAAGCCAAUCUAGCAACGACUCCGAAACAUGUUGCAAGUAGAAGUGGUAGCGGGAGUAGAGGUCCGCCAGUGACCAGACCUGCAAAUGGACCAACUGACAACACCACCUACUUUAAUGAUACAUCGUUGCCGAGUAAUCCGGCUGAGACAACGGAGACAAUUACAGGGGAGACGACCUCGAUUACUGCUACGUCAACAGCGACUGAAGUCACAAGCGAAUCAUUGACUACAGUUACUGACUUAACCUCGACUAAAACAAUCACAACAGGAACAAGCGGAACAACCAGAAGCAGCCCCACAACAACGGACAGAACAACCAGACCCAUUCCCACAACAACGCGCACCGAAAGUACAACGAGUAACACAAGACGUACAAAACACCCAUCAACAGAGUGGGAAACAACUGAGAGCGCAGCGGGAUUAAACACAAAAUCGAAUAUCUUAUGCGAACAUAUAUCUUUUGGUACGAAAGUGGUCACCACACCUCCUGCGACCCAAGACAUUCAACCAACUUCGUACGCUGACGAGCUGAAGAAUAUUAGUGAGAAGGAAGUUGAUCUGCAAAAUGUGACCGAAGUAUUGAAUGAAACAUUGAUUUACUCGGAAAAUCGUGAAAAUCUGAAAGCAGACGAGAUUCAAGAGAUUGCCAUCAUUUUGCAAAAAUGUGCCAACCUAAGCGGAAUUCAACCAGAGGAUUCGCAAAAGGUACUACUGAAUAUUGACUGCGUCUUAUCAGCUGAUGCAUCUCAAAUCUCCGCAAGUGCAAACAGCUCUCAAGUAUUACUUGAUCUGAUUCCGAUGUUAGUGCAGAACACAAAUGCUACCAGUUUCGAUUUUCUGGAAGGGGAAAACCUUGGAUUUACAGCAAAAAGUAUUGAUUGUGCCACAACAGAGGGUAUUGGACUUCUCGAUACUGGGAAAGAAUUCAAAACAAUAACUAAUACGAAGACUGACGACGACAAUAAGCAGCAUUCAAUUUUCAUUACAAGUGCUGAUAUAUGCAAACGCAGUAGCCAAGCAUCUCACAUGUUUGUCACAAUAUAUCGUAAUUACAAGCUGUUCAUUGGCCCAAAGCAAUACAACACGUACAAGUCGGCAGAAACUCUUUCACGCAGGAGCACCGUGCAGAAAGCAGCUUUUGAAAGAGAUUCCAAGCAAGAUCCAGCCCCUUCAAAAUGCGAUGAACAAAUUGCUCUAGUGGAUGAAGCUCCUGUCAUGAGUGGUACUAUCAUUGGCAAUGAGCAGAACACAUUACUAAAUCCACAAAGCACAACAGUAAUGGCUACUCUUCACUUCAGUCUAACAAAUACACUACGGCCACUUCACGGUCACUUCCGCGUAACUUGGUGGGACACCGAACUGCUAGAAUGGUCAACAUCAAAUCAGUGCGAAACAGCAGUAGAAGGAGGCAAACUUGUUGCUAGUUGUAAUCAUCUAACGGAUUUCGCACUAAUAGUGGAUGCAGCACUCAACGAUCCCAAUAUGUGCGACAAAGCUCUCUAUAGUCUGGGCUACACAGUAAACACUUUAUCCAUAGCAUCACUGUUGUUUUUAACGGUUAUGUCUGCUUCUGCUUACUGGCCUGCUCUUGUUGGUAACCAUGUUAUUCUUUACCUACGAGGUUAUGCACCGCCAACAAAAGACCUUGUCUGCCUUUCUCAUAAGGCGGCAAUGUUUCUCUUCUACAUUGUGUUCACCAUAUUUUCCGAUGAAGCAGUGUCCGGAAAGGGAUGCAGCGUGUUUGCUUCGAUAGCAUAUAUGCUGCUAAUGAGUUCUGUUCUGCUCACAAUUUUCCAAGCGCUUAGGCUCACAACCGCAUUUGCUAUUUUGACCGGUCCAUGGGUAAAAGUAAUCAUCUUACCGUCAUCUGCUAUCAUCAUCAGCCUUCUGCCUCCCUUUGUCGCAUCGUUACUGCUAGUCACACUAAGUGAUUUUUUCCAACGAGGUGAUUGCUUCUGCUGGGUACGACCAGAUUAUGUUGUCUACGCUGUCGUCUUACCAACAUCAGUCAUGAUUUUAAACGCUAUAUUGUGCACAACUGUCAUAUGCAAACGUGUAUUUGGAAGAAGGAGAUUUAGCAGAUCGAUGAGAAGACGAGAGCAAACGCAAAUUGCAUCCAGAAUCGGUGCUGUUUUCCUUAUGCAACUGUCGAUGGGCACUCCAUGGGCUCUGCAAUAUCUCACGCUUUACACUCCUCACACCACGGCGUGGCACUACAUUUUUACCAUCGUGAUGGGAUCACAAGGUACAAUGUUGGCCCUGCAGUACCUCUACAAGAGACAGAAGUCAUUGUAUUUUUAUCGUGAUCCUCAUAAUGUGAGCCGUAGGACAAAAGAAGAAUCUUUGUCGGAAUGAUUGAAGAGGCUAUCUGUACAGAUAAACUUUGUUGUGUAUAUCCGCGUCACAUAAUUUAUGUUACAAGUUUUGAGUACCUUAACAUUGCUGUUAAACUAAGAUGACC